GUGCAUAUGUGCUUCAAGUAAAGGCGACAGAUGCUGAUGAUCCCACUUACGGAAACAGUGCUCGAGUGGUUUACAGCAUUCUUCAGGGGCAACCGUAUUUCUCCAUUGAUCCGAAGACAGGUGUAAUAAGAACGGCUUUGCCAAAUAUGGACAGAGAAGUGAAAGAACAAUAUCAGGUUCUAAUCCAAGCCAAGGACAUGGGAGGACAGCUGGGAGGACUAGCUGGUACUACCACUGUAAACAUUACUCUCACGGAUGUCAAUGACAACCCACCCAGAUUUCCUAAGAGUAUCUUCCAUUUAAAAGUACCUGAAUCCUCUCACGUUGGUUCUGCUAUUGGAAGGAUCAGAGCUGUCGACCCUGAUUUUGGGAAAAAUGCAGAAAUUGAGUACAACAUAGUUCCAGGAGAUGGAGGAAACUUAUUUGACAUCACAACAGAUGAGAACACCCAGGAAGGAGUCAUCAAGCUGAAAAAGCCAUUAGACUUUGAAACAAAAAAGGCAUACACCUUUAAAGUUGAGGCCUCCAAUCUCCAUCUUGACCAUCGAUUUCACUCGGUGGGUCCAUUCAAAGAUACUGCCACUGUGAAGAUAAAUGUGUUGGACAUGGAUGAACCUCCAGUUUUCAGCAAGCCUGUGUACACAAUGGAGGUUUAUGAGGAUACGCCUGUGGGGACCAUCAUAGGUGCGGUCACAGCACAAGACCUCGAUGCUGGCAGCAGCUCGGUUAGAUAUUUCAUCGAUUGGAAGAAUGAUGUGGACAGCUACUUUACAAUAGAUGCUACUGAAGGAACCAUUGCUACUAAUGAAUUACUGGACAGAGAAAGCACAGCACAGUACAAUUUCUCUAUAAUUGCAAGUAAAGUUAGUAACCCACUACUAACCAGCAAAGUCAACGUUAUAAUAAAUGUCCUAGAUGUCAACGAGUUUCCUCCUGAAAUUUCAGUUCCAUAUGAGACAUCUGUAUGUGAAAAUGCCAAACCAGGACAGGUGAUACAGACUGUCACUGCAGCAGACAAAGAUUUGUCACCAGCUGGGCAAAGGUUUUCCUUCAGACUGUCAGCUGAAGCGUCCAACAAACCAAAUUUCACAGUCCAUGACUACAGAAACAACACAGCUGGGAUUGAAACCAGGAGAAAUGGUUACAGCAGAAGGCAGCAAGAGCUGUACUUUCUUCCACUAGUAAUAGAAGAUAGCAGCUACCCUGUCCAGAGCAGCACAAACACAAUGACUAUCCGUGUUUGCAGAUGUGAUUCUGAUGGUACCAUCCUGUCCUGCAAUGUGGAAGCAAUCUUCUUACCAGUUGGCCUCAGCACAGGAGCCCUGAUUGCAAUCUUGUUGUGUAUUGUUAUACUUCUAGUCAUUGUGGUACUGUAUGUAGCACUACGGAGGCAGAAGAAAAAGGACACCCUAAUGACCUCUAAAGAAGACAUCAGAGAUAAUGUUAUCCAUUAUGAUGAUGAAGGAGGUGGAGAAGAGGACACCCAGGCUUUCGACAUAGGUGCCCUGAGGAAUCCCAAAGUGAUUGAAGAUAACAAAAUACGCAGGGACAUAAAACCAGACACCUUGCGUUUUCCACGUCAGAGACCACCAGUUGAAGAUAACGCAGACAUAAGAGAUUUCAUUAAUCAAAGGCUGCAGGAAAAUGAUGUAGAUCCAACUGCACCUCCUUAUGACUCGUUGGCAACCUAUGUUUAUGAAGGAAAUGGAUCUGUUGCAGAGUCUCUCAGCUCUAUAGACUCCCUUACUACAGAGGCAGACCAGGAUUAUGACUAUCUGAGUGACUGGGGACCUCGCUUUAAGAUCUUGGCAGACAUGUUCGGAGAAGAAGAAAGUUAUAACCCUGACAAAGUCACUUAAGUACAACUACAACAGUGAAAUAAAAAGAAAAGUAAACCAACAACAAAUUUAAAAGAUAAACCUAAGCUUUACAAUAGGACAGGAUUCCUUUGAUUAUAAAAGACAGCAACUGUUUCUAGCAAGUUACUACAUGUAUCAUACUGUCAGUUUUGGUUUGAUCGGCGAAGGAAAGAUAAAUCCUGUAAUAUACACAGUUUUUUGUUGUUGUUAUUUUGUUACUCUGGAAUUACACUGAGACAAGCUCAGGCCUACAAGGUACAGUUUACUGACCUGACUUAGAAAGAAGAUAGCUUUCUGGCAUCACGGUGGAAGAGUGGUAGCUUUUUCGUAAUUCCACUAAAGUGCCUAUUGAAACUUUAAUCAUUUAAGUGGUAAAGCGUCUGCUGUGAUGGUGUUACAAAACUGAAUGGUAAAUCGGUCAAGAACUUUAAGACAAGAAGCAAUAGCAACAUGCUGA